GAAAAUAUUACUAAAAGAAAACAAAUUUGCAAAAUCUUUCAUAUAAAUGUCAGCACUGUGAGUAUAUAUGUUUAAUGUAAACAAAUAUGUACAUGAAAAUCAUUUUACCAUGUUCGAAUUUUGGUGGAAGUGAUGAACAUUAUUUCAUAAAGCUAUCCAAACCCAAGUUAUUAAUUUUCGAUGAUGAUUCUUCUGAUGAAGAGACAGACGUACAAACACCAACGAGUACCACUCCAUCAGUGAUUUCGACGAACGUACGUAUUUCCGAAUCAGCGCCAGCAUUAUUCAAUCUGACUGUUAAAGAAAGGUCAGAAAGAGCACGAGAAACUUCAACUCAAUCCGAUGACGGCGAAAAUAGAAAAACGCAAUUGAGCAGGAAUUUAGAUUCUUUAAAAAGUGGCCAUGCUUUCAUUUAUCUAGUAAUACCACCUGAUGGUGGCUAUGGAUGGCUUAUUAUGUUUGUGUCAUUUCUAAGCCAAGUGGUUGUGGACGGUAUUAUAUUUGCUGGAGGCAUUAUGUUGCCCUACAUAGCUGACGAUUUUGAUGAAACCGGAUCUAAAGUGAUACUCAUAAUAUCGUUGCAAGUUGGUUUUUAUUUUCUGGCUGGCGCCGUAUCUAGUGCCUUUGUCAAUAAGUAUGGAUUCCGUUUAGUAGCUUUGAUGGGUUGCUUAACGUCGAUCACUGUUCUAUCUAUAUCAAGUUUCAGUCGUAAUAAUAUUAUGAUGAUUACAUUUUACAGUGUGAUAGGUGGUACCAGUUUAAGUAUGAUUUGGGUUUCUAGUCAGUUAAUUGUCGGUUAUUAUUUUGAAAAAUAUCGGCCGAUUGCCAAUGGAAUCGCUUGUUCUGGAGCUGGGGCGGGCGUUGCUUUAUUCGCUUAUUUAAAUAGCAUUCUUCUGCCUGAAAUAGGUUGGCGAAAUACUAUUCGCGUACACACAUGUUUCUUGGUCGCAGUGUUUAUACUAGGCAUCACCUACGUUGAAGUCACCCCUUCUCGAAUAGGUGUAGUUAGAGAUCCUUAUUUCCCAGAGUCGGAUUCGAGCGAGUCACUGGACGAUGAACUUGAACUAUUUUCAACUAUAACAUACAGAAAGGAGAGUCACAUUGUUACAAUUGAUCAGGAUUUCGAAGAAAUGUUGGAGACAUAUCAACCAGUAUCUUCCAAAAGAAAGGACACUAUUUUUACAAAAUGUUGCCCCUUUCUAUCUGGAUAUUUGAGAAAGAAAAAACAAGAAACACAACUCCCAAAAGGCUUGGUUCUUAAACCGGACCCAUUAGAAAGAAAAGACAUUUUUUAUACGGGAACUGUCGAAUGUGUUGGACUUGAGAGAUCGGUCAGUCGUAAAAUGAGCAUUUUGAGGGAAAGGAAAAGCAUUUACGUAACUUUGGAAACAACACGCAAAACGGCACGUUCUAUUGUAAAUACGUUGUCAACUAUUUACCUCGAUCGCGCCUCUCGUUACGGAGAUAAGAGGCGCACGUACGCACAAUUGAAAACACUCCAUAAGUUUCCCUUGCUUGCCUUUUUAUCACCGAGGAAUUGGUUAAAUCCCAAAAUAAAGAAGGCUUUCAGUUUAUUAUUUGACUUUCGUCUCUUGCAAAUGAAGCAAUUCAAUUUAUUGCUAGCUUCAGCUUUCCUCUUUCCGAUGGGUUUUAAUAUACCUUUUGUUUAUUCGACGGCACGAGCGCGAAUCGAUUUGGAAUAUGCACGCUUAAUUACUCCGACUAUAGGUUUAUCGAAUUUUGUCUUCCGCAUAUUAUCCGGAUGUGUAGCUUUCAAAUUCCAGAAAUAUACCACAGUUAUCUGCGGCGGUGGAAUGGCCUUUGGUGGUGUUGCCGUACUUGUGAGUGCUUUCUAUGGCAUGAAUAUAGUUUGGUUUCAAUUUGUCUACGCUACGUGCUACGGUAUCGCUCCAGCUUGUUAUUCCACAUUGCGUGCCAUUAUCUACGUCCGUACAGUUGGAUUGGAAAAACUAACAAAUGCCUUCGGUUUAACUGCUUUGGCUAUGGGUUUAGGCGUAUGUUUAGGCACAACUGCCGCUGGCGUCAUGUUACAAAUGACUAGCAGUUAUACUAUACCAUUCGUAUUUGCUGGCAUUUGCAUCAUCAUCUCUGGGGUUUUAAAGUUAGUUCUGCCCAUCAUGAAACGCAAGUGAACUACUACAUGAACCCUUCACGUUGUUACGUAUUAAGUGUUAGCGCAAAUGUGAAAAAAUAUUUUGAAAAUUGAGAAAAAUUUGUAAUUUGGAUCUUCAAGAUGGUGUGACGUUUUCGUAAGAACUACUUAUGCUCCGAUCAAAAAUCUAGACUGGUUUGUGCUGUAUGCAAUACAUACAGAUGCAGAUGUCAUUUCGUCUUACACGGUACAUUAAACAAUACGCACCUUUGUCAAGUUUUUAAGAGUAUUACUCAAGCUGUCGUUUUUAGAGAUAGCUGUUUGUAACAAAGAAUUUACCGCAGUUUGUUUUUGCUUUUUUUUCUCAGUUUAUUUUUAAGUCCUUAUCUAAUCUCCGACUUAUGGCAUUCCAAAGAGUCACAAGCUUUAAAGAAAUUUGACUUCCUUUUCUUAAAAUUACUGCGCGUAGUUAUUAACAGUUCAGCGGCCAAUGGGAAUGGUAUUUAAGAUUUAAAAGCGAGAGAAAAAAAAUUACUUGUGAGACAUGCUCAUUGCUGAUUCCGCUUAUAUUUGAUUGCAAAACUUAAGCAAACAUCCGUUCAUUUGUAUACAUCGUAAAAGAUGUCCGGAAGGCUUUUCAACGCUUUACAAAUCGUUGAUAAUACAGCUCUCUACAGUAGGUACAAAAAAAGAGCGUAAUAGUGACAUUGAAGCGCUUGUAUUAAAAAAAUAAAUAUUAAAUGCAACCACAUUUUUUAAAUUGAUGUGGAAAGAGAAAUCUUGGAAUUAACUUUCACGCUCAAAAGAUAUCACUAUAUAAUUUGUUGAAAAAGGAAAAUAUCAUGUUUUUUUGCUAAUUGUGGAGGAAAACCUUAGUCGAUUUGGCUGAUAUUAUAAUUUAAUCUGAGACGAGUGAUAAGAAGAAAGUUGGGACCAACUUGAUUCUUCUUCGUAAAGUAUUAAGCAAUGAUAUCGACCUACCUUUUACUUUGAGUUAAUUCUCAAAUUUCUGCAGAACAUAGAAUUUGAUAAAAGUUUUACAAUAUUCUUAAUGCCUUUUUUUUUGCAAAUCAAACUAAACUCUUUGUCUUAAUUUCAUAUUCAUUCAUAAUUUUAAGAAUUCUAAGAAAGGGGUCCGGCUCAACACUUUAAGCGCGACUAAUGAAUGUGUACAUAUAGAAUAUUUAAAGUGUAAUUUAUUACUCUAUAAGAGGAAUCACAAAAAUUAUUGUACAUUUAGUCUACGAUGACGAAUAUAUUUUAAUAUUAGACUUUUUCAUCCGCUUACCAUUCUCAUUUGAUGCAACACGUCAAAAGGCAUGCUUGCAUAAAUUAUGGUCAAAAUACAAUCCUGAAACGGAGCACCUGCAUAAAUUAUGAUCAACAUACAAUCCAGAAACGGCGCACUUGAAUAAAUUAUGAUCAAAAUAUUUCAAAAUUUCUUUUGGAUUUAAUUGUAUUGGUGCGCAAACAUUUUAUCGCAAACAUGAUAAGAUAAUGAAAAAUUAAUAAUUUUUAAUGGGCAUCACUUUACGCAUGUCUGAUGAACAUUACUUACGGAGAGCUC